GUGCAGCCACAGAGUAUGAACAUCCUGGCAGCCCUUUUCCUCUUGUCUGAGCAGGUGGAUAUUCCUAUUGCUAUAGAAGAAAAGAAAAAAGAGAAAAAACUUGUUCUGACAAGUACAGAUGGAAAAACUACAUACAUUAACCAGAGCCUGCGCAUAUUUACAAAAGACCAAACGAAGUCUAAAACCGAUUGGAAGAGGUGGUGCAAGAAUAUAAAAAGCCUCAUUGAAUUCCUUAAAAAGUAUAUAGACAACAAAGGGGUGAAUCCAAGUGCAAUGGAAGGACUGCCUACUGUGCCAACCAACUAUGAGCAGUUCAUGACAGGAGAAUUUUUGAACACAUCCGAGUUCCUUAUUCAGUCGUACAUAUACGAGUUUAUUGACACAAAAGAAAAUUACAUUAAAUUUGUAGAGGCUGUAUAUACUCUUUUGAAUGACCAGAUAAAAAAUGAAAAGUCAUACGAAAGAGUGCUGAACAAGUGCUUUAUACAAGAAAGUGCACGGAAAAGUAAAAUCGACCACACUAAGAUUAUUUGCGAUCUUAUGGAUACAAUAGACAAGUAUAGAAUAUUUCCAUUCAUGGAUUCAUCACAGCUUCCGUCCUAUACACAGGUUAAAGCAUAUGAUCGGGAAAAGAACGAAUUCAUAAACGACGAAACCCGAAAAUAUUCUAACUGUGUAGAAGCAGCUUUGCUAGGACUAGUGUGCUGUUUAGUAUAUGAUCCAAAUAAAAAGAAGUACAAUACAGACCAUCUACCCGACAAUGAAGAAACUAAGCCACUGAAAGAAUUCUUUAAAAAGUACACUGAGCCAAGAGAAACCACUGAUUAUGAAAUGCACCAAGAUUGGUGUAGAGUGAUAGCAGACUUGAAGAAUGACAAGAUUCUUUACUUAGAGGAGAAGACGAAUGAGCUGGACAGCAGUUUGUUGAAUAUUCUUUAUGUUGUAUCGGACAUAACUGGAAGCAAAGAAGAAGUGGUUAAACAAAUUAAGCACAUAGAAGAACUUCUUGCUGAUAAGAAGGUUGAUGUUUGGCUUGAUAUAGAAGAAAGCUUGACUACAAUAUUCAAGGAGCUAUCAAAUAACAAGAAUCUUGAUGUAGAGUGUGACGAAUUCACAGUAGGUACACGAGAAGAUGAUAAGCUGGACUUAUUUGGUGAGUUUAAGCUAGUGUAUACUUUUAAUGAGAAAAAAAAUGGAAUAUUAGUGGAGAUAACUCCUGGUCAUUCCUCAUUAAGAUUAUUGGAAGACCUAUUGUCUAGUGAAGAGAAAAAUAUUAUUAAAGAAAAGCUGACUGAAAUACAGAAUACUUAUAGUAAUAUAGAGAAUUACACAGCAUACACAAUUAGACAGUACAUAAACAUAGAACUUGCUAAGAUGGAGCAAAAAUCUGUAUUUAGCCGGAUUAAAGAAAGUAUUAAAAAUAACCAUGAUAAUAUAAAUGAUAUUUUCCUUCAUGGGAUGAUUCGAUCUGUUGAACAAAAAGCAAGG